UUCAGUUCAGGCUCCAUUUUGAGGAGAGGCUGAAAACCGAAAAACAUCUUCAACACCAGGCCCAACACAAGGACUGUAGAAUUAGUGAGUAGUUCCUUUAAUAUAAACACCUUUGCAGACUAAAAGUUUAUGAUUUACUGAAAUGUAUUAAGUAAAAACAAUUAACACUGCGUCACGUCACCGGAUUAAAGUCGCGUGAUAAACGUGUAUAGUACAUGGUUUCUUUAUGGGAUUUAAAAAAAAAAAAAAUUUAUCACUGCUAAUGAAAUGAGUUUGUAAUUCAGCCUCGAAUCCGUAUUGUUGCUUUAAAACAAGUCAGAAACUAACAUUAAUAUUUGAAUGAUAUGAAUGUUCCACAACACCAGAAACGACUUGUGUGUAAAGGUAUUGUUAUCUAUAUCUGUGUAUUAUAUUACAGUUUCUCUCUAGGAUUUCUUUUUCAUUAAUUAAGCAUUAAACCUUUGUGUUGAAUGUAUUAUUGGGCUUCAUAAGUGUAGAACAAACGUUUUGAUCUGGCUGUAGUUUAUUUCUUUUUUAUUUACACAUUCACAAAUAUGACAAAUAUGUCCAUAUUAUAUAUCCACAUAAAAUAUGACAUAAUUAAUAUUUUUAAAGUCAGUUCAUAAAAGCUCAGUGUUCACAUUUUAUAAAAUAUUUUUCCUUUGUUUGAGGCUUUUGUGGUACAGUAACAGAAAUAAAUGCACUCACCCUUAGGUCAAAGAUCAUCCAAGAUAUCUCUUACAUCCUUCAGUCUGAGAACAUUCAAAAUAUCUUCUUAUGUUCUUCCUGUAUGUGUUUUUGUUGAUUGAUGACAGUGAGCUGUUUUGGAUUUAACAUCAUUGUCCGUCUUUUGCUCUGAUCAGAUUUGGACCAUUUUACCCUUCCUUUUGACCUUGAUUUUAGAUCUUGCCUUUGAACUUUUCUUCUGUUUUAUACAAAUGUCUUCUGUUUUAUACAAAUGUCACUAACGAUUUGGCAUUUCUCUCUUUCAGACUGAAUGUGCUCUUGUCCCCAUCACUACUGCAUAAUCCUUAUAGAUUACUCUUACUGUGAAUCCUCAUGAUUCUCAAGGUUGGAAUCACAUGUCAGUGACCUGCUGCUGAAUGAGAUUAUCUGAAUGCUCUAGACAUGUCACUAACCAUGAGCUUCUGACAUUAUUUGUUACUAAAUACACCAAUUUGUGUCUUAAGGACCAAAGCUAUAAAAGUUUUUUUUUCUUCAAGAUUUACUGCAUGUUGUUUUUUGUGUUUACUAGAAGUUAAUGUUGUAGGUGUUCGAUCCAGACAACAGUGACUCAGCUGUGUGUCCAUAAGCUGUCUGUGCAUUCACUGAUAUUAAAAAAUGGAGAGCUCUGAUCUGGACACAGUUGACAUGACCCCACCCUCAAAAAAAUGUAAACUAGAGGCAAAAACAUUGGAAUCUGCAGCACCCAGCUGUGUCUCCAUGAAGAGUGACAGGUCUAUGGAUCUUCCUGGGAACUUUAAACUUGGAGACUCCUCACCUGUACACAGUACACAAAAUGGAAGGAGAUCAGCCUCACCACCACAGAGCGGUAUCUCCAUGAAGAGUAACACAUCUAUGGAUCUUCCUCGGAACUUUAAAGGAUCAGACUUCUCAUCAGUACACAGUGUGCUACAGAAGCCAGGAGACAGAAGAGAAAAGACUAUGAUCACAGAUACAAGACAAGAACCACGAUCUGUUGGUGUUUAUGAAUUCCUGAAAAAGUACAAGUUACAUUUGAUGAAGCAGUUUCAGUGUUUGAAUGGAGUGAUAAACCUGGGAACCCAAACACUCCUGAAUGAGAUCUACACAGAGCUUUACAUCACAGAGGGAGACAGUAAAGAUGUCAAUAAUGAACAUGAGGUGAUACAGAUUGAAGCAGCAUCCAGGAGAACAACAACAGAGGAAACGCCAAUCAAAUGCAAUGACAUCUUUAAGCCUUUAUCUGAACAAGACAGACCCAUCAGAACUGUGCUGACAAAAGGAGUUGCUGGCAUCGGAAAAACAGUCUCUGUGCAGAAGUUCAUUCUGGACUGGGCUGAAGGGAAAGUAAAUCAGGACGUCCACCUCAUAUUUCCACUUCCUUUCAGAGAGCUGAACUUGAUGAAGGACCAGAAACUGAGUCUGAUGGAGCUCCUUCAUGUCUUUUUUAAGGAAACAAAAGAAACAGAAAUGUUAAGUAUGGAAAAGGUUCUGUUCAUUUUUGACGGAUUGGACGAGUGUCGUUUUCCUCUAGAUUUCCAGAACACAGUGAGAGUGUGUGAUGUAACUGAAUCAGCAUCAGUGCCUGUGCUGCUGAUAAACCUGAUCAAAGGGAAUCUGCUUCCAUCUGCUCUCAUCUGGAUCACCUCCAGACCUGCAGCAGCUGAUCAGAUCCCCUCUGAGAGUGUUGAUCGAGUCACAGAGGUACGAGGGUUCAAUGACCCACAGAAGGAGGAGUACUUCAGGAAGAGGAUCAGUGAUCAGAGCCUGGCCAAUAACAUCAUCACACACCUGAAGUCAUUAAGAAGCCUCUACAUCAUGUGUCACAUCCCAGUCUUCUGCUGGAUUUCAGCCACUGUUCUAGAGAGAAUGUUGGGUGAAGCAGAGAGUGGAGAGAUCCCCAAGACUCUGACUCAAAUGUACACACACUUCCUCAUCAUUCAGACAAACAUCAUAAGAGAAAAAUACUCAAAGAAGCAGGAGAGUGAUGAAGAAAUGCUUCUCAAACUGGGACAACUGGCUUUUCAGCAGCUGAUGAAAGGCAACCUGAUCUUCUAUGAUGAAGACCUGAGAGAGUGUGGUAUUGAUGUGAGCGAAGCAGCAGUGUACUCAGGUGUGUGUACUCAGAUCUUCAGAGAGGAGUUUGGGCUUCAGCAGAGUAAAGUGUUCUGCUUUGUGCAUCUGACCAUUCAGGAGCAUCUCGCAGCUCUGUAUGUGCACCUGACCUUCAUGAAGAAAAAGAUUAAUGUUCUUAAACACAGUCAGGUCGUUAACACAAUCUCAGAUGUCCACAACUGGGCUGUAGAUCAGGCCUUGGAAACUAAGACUGGACGUCUGGACCUUUUCCUCCGCUUUCUUCUGGGUCUUUCACUGGAGACCAAUCAGAAACUCUUACACACCUUUAUAACACAUACAGGAAGUAGCCCCCAGAGCAAAGAAGAAACAGUUCAGUACAUUAAGAUGAAGAUCAGAAGAAAUCCUCCUGAAGAUAAAUCCAUCAAUCUGUUCCACUGUCUGAAUGAACUGGGUGAUAAUUCACUAGUGGAGGAAAUCCAAAACUACCUAAAAUCUGGAAAACAAAGAAAACUCUCUUCCUCACAGUGGUCUGCUCUGGUGUUUGUGUUACUGACCUCAGCACAGGAACUGGAGGAAUUUGACCUGAGUAAAUAUAGUACAGAGAAGAUAACAGAUCUGGUUCUUUUGAAGGUGAUGCCUGUGACUGCAGCAUCAAGAAAAGCAGUUAUUCGGCAUGUAACAUUUAAAGAGAAAAGCUCAGCAGCUUUGGCCUCAGUGCUCAGCUCUGAAUACACCAUACUGAGAGAACUGGAUCUGUCUGAGAGUAAACUAGGAGACUCAGGAGUGAAAAGUCUUUCUGCUGGACUGAAGAAUCCUCACUGUAAACUGGAGACAAUGAGGUUGUGUGUUUGUGGUGUCUCAGAUGAAGGCUGUGCUGCUCUGACUUCAGCUCUGAGAUCAAACCCCUCACACCUGAGACACCUGGAUCUGUCUGAGAAUAAACUUGGAGACUCAGGAGUGAAGAGUCUCUCUGCUCUAUUGGAGAAUCCUCACUGUAACCUGGAGACACUGAGGUUGUGUGUUUGUGGUGUCUCAGAUGAAGGCUGUGCUGCACUGACUUCAGCUCUGAGAUCAAACCCCUCACACCUGAGACACCUGGAUCUGUCUGAGAAUAAACUUGGAGACUCAGGAGUGAAGAGUCUCUCUGCUCUAUUGGAGAAUCCUCUCUGUAACCUGGAGACACUGAGGUUGUGUGUUUGUGGUGUCUCAGAUGAAGGCUGUGCUGCUCUGACUUCAGCUCUGAGAUCAAACCCCUCACACCUGAGAGACCUGGAUCUGUCUGAGAAUAAACUUGGAGACCCAGGAAUGAAGAGUCUCUCUGCUCUAUUGGAGAAUCCUCUCUGUAACCUGGAGACACUGAGGUUGUGUGUUUGUGGUGUCUCAGAUGAAGGCUGUGCUGCUCUGACUUCAGCUCUGAGAUCAAACCCCUCACACCUGAGACACCUGGAUCUGUCUGAGAAUAAACUUGGAGACUCAGGAGUGAAGAGUCUCUCUGCUCUAUUGGAGAAUCCUCUCUGUAACCUGGAGACACUGAGGCUGUGUGAUUGUGGUGUCACAGAUGAAGGCUGUGCUGCACUGACUUCAGCUCUGAGAUCAAACCCCUCACACCUGAGACACCUGGAUCUGUCUGAGAAUAAACUUGGAGACUCAGGAGUGAAGAGUCUCUCUGCUCUAUUGGAGAAUCCUCUCUGUAACCUGGAGACACUGAGGUUGGUGGACUGUGUCAUUUCAGAUGAAGGCUGUGAUACUCUGACUUCAGCUCUGAGAUCAAUGCCUUUACAUCUGGAUCUAGUCUUGAAUAAAAAAGGAGACUCCAGAAAGAAGAUGCCUGCAGCUUGUAAGGAUGAUGAACAUCACAAACUACAGUAACUGAUGGAAAGUUAUGAACUAUUCACAUACACAUUGAAAGAUAACAAAGAUAUUAAGUGUUAUAAAGUGGUUAUAGGUAAUGUACAUAUGAAUUACCUAUAAGUAAUAUACCUAUCAAUAUACUGGAAUAUUCUGAACUAGGCUGAUUGUAUGAUACCACAUCUAUAACCGUGAAAUCAAGUGACGGCGUCCUCAUUCUUUCUGUCCUGUUCUGAUUUAAUAAUGCACUUGUAAAUAAAUUGUGUAAACCACCAUGAUUGUUUCUGCUGAUGUCUCUUUUCUUGUGAUAACACCGAAUAACAUUAUUCUGUAUUACUACACUGUGGUGAUAUGAAUAAAUCUUCCUAUCCAAUCACA